UAUAAAAUAUCUGAAAAAAAAAAAAAAAAAGAAUUUGUCCGGUCUUGUCUCUGUUUGUACGAAGAAAUGCAGGAGCAAGCGACGAGUUCCGCCGCCGCUAGCUCUUUACCUUCGAGCAGUGAAAGAUCGUCCAGCUCUGCUCUUCACCUCGAAGUGAAAGAAGGAAUAGAGAGUGAUGAAGAGAUCCGGAGAGUGCCGGAGAUAGGCGGCGAAUCCGCCGGAACAUCGGCGUCCGGCAGGGAGACCAGUUCGUUGGCCGGUCCGGACCGGGUUCAGGUUUCUCGGGAGAGUCAAAGGAAGAGAGGGAGAACUCCGGCUGACAAAGAAAGCAAGAGAUUGAAGAGAUUGCUGAGAAAUAGAGUAUCAGCACAGCAAGCGAGGGAGAGGAAAAAGGCGUAUUUGAAUGACUUAGAGAUAAGGGUGAAGGAUUUGGAGAAGAAGAACUCUGAACUUGAAGAAAGGCUUUCCACUUUACAGAAUGAGAAUCAGAUGCUUAGACAAAUUUUGAAGAACACAACGGCAAGUCGGAGAAGUGGGGAGUGAGGAUGUGAAGUAGAGAUGUAUUUAGAUGUUUGAGGCUUUCAUGAAACAGGUUGCUUAUAUAACCUUCGCAACAACCAACUUUUAACUUGAAACGUUGAGAUCGUCUUGUUCGGUAUGUUCUUAAGGUAUAAAGCACGACGUGGUUUCAUGGAAGAGCGACUUUACUGCUGAAAUACUAUGCAUGUUUCGUCGUUUAGGAUAUGUUCUGUCUGUAUGUAAUAGACAAGUAAACGCAUUCAUUCUUUAGAAUGACCAAUUCCUUUGUUCACCGCAUCCAAGUUCCUGUUCUUUAAUGAAUUGGAGCUGUGGCUCCAUCCAUGAA